AUGCUAAAUGCUCAUGAAAGUUUACAUGGCAAUGGAAAUAUUCAAGUGAAGAAGAAAUCAACAGCAAUACGGAAGACCCGAAAGCAGCAUAAAACAGAUUUUAAUUUUAAGAUUGACCGAAAAUGUUCCAAAUAUGAUUUUAAAUUUUUGCUUCACGAGCUUUCUUCAAACUUCGAUUUGGCUCAAACAGAAAUGUCGAAUUGUAAGAAGUUAAGUUCAAGUAUUGACACUCGAAUAGCUUUCAUUUCUAUGAUUGAAAGUUUAACCAAACUGGAAGUAUUUUUAAAUACGUGCUGUAAAAAUGCCCAAGGGUUUAAAAGUGCUUUGAAAUAUGGAAUAAAAAACAAUAGCAAACCUCCACAGAAGAGAAGUUCAAAAACUUCAACAAAUCAGCAAAGGAAAAAGAAAAGUUCCCAAGAAGGCAACAAUUCAAACGUAAAAAAGGAACUCAUUUUCGCAGAGGGUUCUAUGGAACAUUUUGAAUUUAAACUUCAUCGAGGAAAUAUUCAAGAAGGAGUUGUAAUAAUUUGUAAAAUGUGUAACUUUUCAACAGGAAAUAUUGAAGAUUUUAGAUUUCAUAUUUGCAUUUAUCAUUUUAAUAUCGAAUGGAAUUCAUUUUGUUCGAUAUGUAACUCAGUAAUAAUUUUGGAGGAUUCAGAGACGAACAUAACCAGAUGUAAACUUGAAUUUGAUCAUUUGAUUACUCACAUGAAUAAAUUCAUUAUGAAAAAUCCAAAGAUUGAGACGAUAGUUUCACCAGAAAUAUAUCAAUAUGAACUUGAUUUAUGUGAAAUAUCAAACAACAAAAUAAAAACAGAAAUAAAUUAA